CACAUUCUCUCCCAUCUGUUCCAGUCUGUCGCGGCUGGAAAGUUGAACGAAUCCUUUGUCCAUAUUGCGUGAUCAUUGCGGCACUUUCAAAGUCGCUGUACCUGCAUUGUUGAUUGCGUCUCUGAAAUUUCGAUUUCGCACCUUGUCCGAACAUUCCGCCACCAUGACUUGGACCGUCCAAGGAGGAGGGGGUGAGCCUGUUGAGUUUCAUAUGCCGGCUUGGGGCUGGCCUCUGAUUCUCGUCGACGCCAUUAUUCUGAUUCCCAUUUCGCUUCUGGUCCAAUAUACCCUGCUCUACAUCUACCCCGUCUUCACCAUCAUUGAAGACGAGAACCCUCCUGCCUAUGAGCCCCUUCCUAGCAACGGAAAUGAUGAUGAAGAGGCCACCGCUGGCGGCCCCAAGCCUACCGACGGCGCCCCUCGAACUGUGACCUCUUCUCUUCGCUCCAUCAACCGCCUCCUCACCUCGUAUGGUGGCUUCCGAGCCAACUUCCGUGGAUUCAUGUGUCUUCUAGCACAGAAUGUCCUCAGCGGUGUUGUCGCCUCGUUCUUCUCUUGGUUCCCUGCUAGGCCCUUUGCCGAGCUGCUGGCAUCCUUGAUCAUGGUUCAAUACGCCACUGCUUGGGUUCACAUUGUCAUCUCGCACCCUUCCCCCCGAAAGUUUUGGCGCCGCCUGCCUACCUUCAAGCGCGCCUUCAAUGCUACUUGGAAGCCCGUUGUGAUUUACUGGGUUGCUACCCAAGUCCACCAAUGGGUUCCCAUCUUGCUGUCCGGCCUGAUUGGCUUUGACGCACCAUCCUUCCGCUGGGGCUCUGGCAUUCCUGACGACUUCAGCGAACACAAGAUCGCUUAUAUGAUCAAGGCGGGAGUGUAUUUCCUCCUCAGCACAAUGUUGUGGGUCGUUGUCAUCAUCCCCGCCCGCGUCGUUCUCGUCCGUGUCCAGGCUUCGCUUCUACCCGAGGACGAGGACGCCAUCAUCCCCUUCGACCGAUCUUUCGAUGGCAAGGUUGAGCCUGCAGUAGUAGGUGGCCUGGGCUACGCCACCGUUGCCAACGCCUGGUCUACCUUUUCCAAGGCUGCUUGGAGACGCGUGGUCAUCCUGUACGCCAAGAUUUUCGGCGUCGUUGUGGCCACCAUGGUCUUUUCUUGGGCCAUUCUCAUUCCCACUGGCCUGCUCCUGAUGAAGUUUGGCUCAAAGAGCACCUAAUUGCUUGCCAGCAAGAAAAUUAUCCACUGACAAUUCAUACUGCGAUUCCCAUGAGACAAAUCGCGUCACGCAUCACCACCAACUUGAUAAACUUUUCAUGAUUUAUGCACACGAUAUUGAUACUUGUUCAUAAAAUAAAAUAAAAUCUGUUUUAAUAUCUCA